AUGGCUUCAAAAAAAUCAAAACUACCCAACCCCAAAAGAGUCAAUUAUCCGCCUCAGACUAUAUUCCUCGACAAAGCCGAGCCUCCACCAGGUAGUCCACGUUGGCGGGUAGAGCCUUUGAAUCUCACGAAACCGACGCGGGUAAGUAAUAUAUAUUGUUCCAUUUCGAUCAAAAUUCUGGCUGAUGACCAACAGUGGGCCCCAACUGACCCUCUUGGAUUCUCGAGUGAUCCAGCGCUACUUAACUACGAUGAAUGGAAGGGAGAAUACGGUGCUCAGAAGGUCAUGACUGAUACUUAUGGCCUCACCAAUUGCGUGCCGGUGUUUAUGUCUCAAGAUUGGACUGACACCUUCUUUGAAUCAAAUGGCAGAUACUAUCUUUAG